AUGAGAAUACUUCUAACAGAAGAAAAGGUAAAUAUCCCAGAAGGAUGCAUAGUCACUGAGAAGAACAAGAUUCUGACAGUCUCAGGACCAAAAGGAACAGAAACUCUUGAUAUCUCCCAUAUGUUAUUAUCAGUUGACAUUGAAGAAGACGCACUUUACGUCAGAUUAUGGUCAGCAAGAAGAAAGGAAACACCAAUCGUAAGAACUUGCGCUAGCUUAAUAAACAACCUAGUCGUUGGAUGCACAAAAGGAUUCCUCUACAAGGUGAAGGCAAUCUACAAGCAUUUCCCUAUUACAAUGCUCAUAGAAGACGCAGGAAAGACUGUUAUAAUCAAGAACUUCUUGGGAAGCAAGUGUGACAGAGUCAUCAAAAUGAGAGGAAGUGCAAUUGCUAAGUUAGGACAAGAAAAGGACUACCUGCACAUUGAAGGACCAAACAUGCAGACAGUCUCUCAGUCAGCUGCAAACAUCUGCCAAAAGUGCGUUCCAAAGAACAAGGAUCUUAGAGUCUUCUUAGAUGGAACUUUUGUUGUUUCAAAAGGCACAAUUGAUCAGUAA